AUGCGCCGACUGGCGCACAGUCUGCCGGAAAUCCACAAGAAGAAGAAGAAGAAGAAGAAGACGGAGCAUUUUGUGCCCAAACGCAACGUCAUUCACGACCGUGCAUGCUUUUACAAGCGAGUGCAGAAGCCCGGAGAAUCAGUGGAGGCGUUUGUACCGAGGGAAGAACACAUCCGUGACCGCAUCGUUGUCGGGAUCAUGGACAAGGAACUUUCCCGCAAACUCCAGCUCAUGUCGGACCUUACGUUAACGCUCACGAUACAAAACGUGAGACAAUCAGAGGAGGUCGCGGCUCAAGUAUGCCUGCAGGGAGACACAACAGCAGCGGUACAAGAAGUGCGGAGUAAAGGAAUUGAAGAGAGUGCUCGGCAUGGUCAACUAUUUAGACUAGAGACAGAUCACAGACCACUUGUACCUCUCAUAAACAGCCAGAGCUUGGACAACGUUCCCCUGAGAUGUCAGCGCCUGCUAAUGCGACUCAUGAGGCACAAACUUGAAGCUGUUUACAUGCCAGGAGCAGAGGCGCACCCAACAAAAGGAGCCACUCAUCUCAACUCCUUUGCCCGAUCGACCUUGGAAAAGAAUAGGACUGGAUCUUUGUCAACACCCUGUACCACCACUGGCGUCAGUCCAGCUGAGCUCCUCAUGGGGAGAAAGAUCAGAACAAACCUCCCUACUUUGGAGAAAAAUCUUAAUCCGAAGUGGCCCAACAAAAAGAUGGUGCUUAAAAAAGAUGCUGUAGAGAAGGCUAGACAAGCCUUCUACUUCAAUCGCCGCCAUGGGGUCAGACCGCUUCCCCCACUGCGUCCGGGCGAUGCAGUCGUCGCCAAGUUGGACCAGGAUAAAGCUUGGGUGACACCAGCAACUGUUUCCAGUGAGGGCGUUACCCCGCGAUUGUACAUUCUCAAGACACCUCAAGGAGUAAUGUUUCGUCGCAACCGUCGUCAUCUCCGUACGGAUUACUCUGCGCCGAUAGACAUUGCUCCUCUUCCUCAACCCACAGAGACCGCGGUGGCUGCGCCAAUCCAGCCAACUGCUCCUACUGAGACAUGCACACCUACGAACUCUCACUCUCCGGUGUGUACCAGGUCCGGUCGUGUGUGCUGA